UGAACCGGCCAUCAUUAUUUUCCCGCCGAAACUCACUAAGCCCUACUUGUCUACUUGCUCCGAACGCCGCCGCCUCCAUAUCUUCCAUCGGCCCCUUCCAUCGCGCCGUCGGCAGUUGAUUCUUCUUCUCCAAAAAUCCUGAAGAGACACAACAGGAAAUUUCCGGGAAAUGGAGGUUAGGGAAGAUAACGGGAUCAAGGAUGAUGUAGUGGCCGGUUCUCCGAUAUCCGUUUUAGAAGACGAGUGCAAUAUCCAUGAAGAGAACGGCAAGGUUAGUGAAGAUGAUACGAUGUUGCCGCUUGAACUUGAAGCAAAAAAUGGGGAUACGCUUCUCAUCUCAAAGAUCAUGGAGGAAGAGGAGAAAAAGUUGCUAGCUGAACGGAUGAGGUUGGAAGAGGAGACUAACGAGGAAAAACAAGCGAUGCCGAGCUUGGAAGUAAAGUUCAGCAAGCUUGAUGAGCUUCUCACACAGACUCAGUUGUAUUCAGAGUUUCUUCUGGAAAAGAUGGAGGAUAUAACAUUUAAAGGUUUAGAAAAUCUUACAGAAGUGGAUGCCUGUAAAGAAAAGAAGGCUGGCCGUGGUCGGAAGAGGAAAGCGGCCAGCCAAUAUAAUACAAGGAAAGCCAGAACAGCCGUUGCAGCCAUGUUAACAAGAUCAAAUGAAUCUAUUGCACCUGAGGAUGCCAACCUUACUGAGGAAGAAAGGGUCGAGAAAGAACAGAGGCAACUUAUUCCAUUAAUGACUGGUGGAAAGUUGAAAAUUUAUCAGCUUAAAGGUGUGAAGUGGUUGAUUUCGUUGUGGCAAAAUGGUCUUAAUGGGAUCCUUGCAGAUCAGAUGGGUCUUGGUAAGACAAUUCAAACAAUUGGAUUUCUUGCACAUCUCAAGGGAAAUGGUCUUGACGGUCCAUAUAUGGUCAUAGCUCCUCUCUCAACCCUAUCAAAUUGGGUAAAUGAAGUGUCUAGGUUUGUUCCUUCCAUGAAAGCUAUCAUAUACCAUGGCUCGAAGGCUGAUCGUGCUGAAAUAAGGAGAAAAUUUAUGCCAAAGGAAAUAGGCCCUAAAUUCCCUGUCUUGAUUACUUCCUAUGAGGUUGUAAUGAAUGAUGCGAAGUAUUUAUCCCACUAUACGUGGAAAUAUGUUGUGGUAGACGAGGGCCAUCGCUUAAAGAAUAUGAAUUGCAAAUUAUUAAGGGAAAUACGACGCUUGCCAAUUGAAAACAAGCUUCUUUUAACUGGAACACCACUCCAGAACAAUUUGGCCGAGCUUUGGUCACUUUUAAACUUUAUUUUGCCGGAUAUUUUUUCGUCCCAUGAAGAAUUUGAAUCUUGGUUUGAUUUCUCUGGUAAAUACAAUAACGAGGGAGAACAGGAAGAGAACGUAGAGAAGAGGAGGGUUCAGGUUGUAUCGAAGCUGCACUCAAUUUUACGCCCAUUUCUUCUUCGACGAAUGAAGGCAGAUGUUGAACAGAUGCUUCCACGAAAAAAAGAGAUAAUCCUCUAUGCUAAUAUGACUGAGCAUCAAAAGAAUAUUCAGAACCACUUACUGAAUCGAACACUUGAAAACUAUUUAAUAGAAACUGUAUCUACAGGAGUUAUUAGGCCUGGAAUGAAGGGGAAGUUGAACAACUUGCUAAUGCAGCUUAGGAAGAAUUGCAAUCAUCCUGAUAUCUUGGAGUCUGGAUACGAUGAGUCAUUUCAGUAUCCUCCUAUUGAGACUUUGGUGGAGCAAUGCGGUAAAUUUCAGCUGCUGGAAAGAUUGUUGGCUUUGCUACUUCCCCGAAAACAUAAAGUUCUAAUUUUUUCCCAGUUUACUAGAGUUGUGGAUCUACUUGAAUAUUAUUUGAGUGAAAAAGGCAUGGAGCUUUGUAGGAUUGAUGGUAAUGUUAAGCUGGAUGAAAGACAGAGACAGAUAGCGGAAUUUAACAACGUAGAGAGCAAUGUUAGUAUAUUCCUUCUCAGCACUAGAGCAGGUGGUUUGGGUAUUAAUCUCACCGCUGCUGAUACGUGUAUUAUAUAUGACAGUGAUUGGAAUCCUCAGAUGGAUUUGCAGGCAAUGGACAGAUGCCACCGGAUUGGGCAGACUAAGCCUGUCCAUGUUUAUCGGCUCGCUACUUCACAUUCUGUAGAGGGAAAAAUAAUAAAAAAAGCUUUUGGAAAGUUGAAGCUGGAGCACGUCGUAAUUGGCAAAGGAGAUUUCCAUCAGGAUCGGACCAGGGCCAAUGCACUAGAUGAAGCUGAGCUGCUAGCUUUGCUUCGAAAUGAAGAGGAUCCUGAAGAUAAACUGUAUCAGACGGACAUCAGCGAUGAAGAUUUGCUCAGACUUGUAGACCGGAGAGAUAUGGUGGUUCAGCCAAAAAGUUCAGAUGGCACUGCAGAGAGUGUUCCUGCCGCCAGCUCUAUUCCUUUGAAAGGACCAGGCUGGGAGGUUGUGGUUCCAACCAAAAGCGGCGGGAGCUUCCUUUCGGCAGUCAGCAGCUGAUUUUUUCUUUUCUUUUUUUCUUGUAAUUUUUUUUUUUGGAGCAAAUUUUGCAUGCUAAACCUUGUUUUUUGUCAGUCCAAACCUAGUCUUUUCUCUAGGUUGUGGAUGCCUCUUCUGAAGUUGCUACAGUUUUGUAAAGAAACUAGAAGUUGAGUAUUUUGUUUUGUAGUAGCAGCAACAAUAUGUUAUUACUCUGAAACUUUUCAUUAUAUUUAUCAUUACUAUUAUUUAGUAUGAU